UUGCUAUGAUCUGGUGUUGUUUUGGUUUUUCUUCAAAUUUUGUCUCUUUCUGUUUGUAUUUUUUUAAAAAAAUUGCCUUUUAGGGGAUUUGAGGUGGUGGAAUGUGGGUUGAGAUCUCAGUGGCUUUUGGGACUUUGGGUUCCAAAGUGUCUAUGUUUCUUUGAGGUCGGAGGAGGGAGCAGCCAAUUGGAUUCUAUCCUUUGUUGUAAAGAAUCUAAUCGAAUCAAAAGUCCCCCCGGAGAAAAAGAAACAGAAAAGAAGAAAGGAAUAGUCUCUUGAGCUUUUUAGUUCUUUAGCUUUCUUUUUUUUUUUUUCAGAUGAACAUUUAAAAAUCUCUAUUGUGAUUCAGAAAUUCAAAUGACUCAAUAAGCCACUAGAUCCUUUUUCUUAUUAUUCACCCGUAAUUCUUUAUGGACCAUAGCGGCUCAGUUAGAUUCUAAACUAUGGUAGCAGAUAUGGUGGGUUUUCCUAGUAUUUUUGAAUGAGUUGGUAAGGAGUUGUGUUUGGGAAGUUUUGUUGCUGAUGAAGAGGCAAUAGUCUCUUGAGCUUUUUAGUUCUUUAGCUUUCUUUUUUUUUUUUCAGAUGAACAUUUGAAAAUCUCUAUUGUGAUUCAGAAAUUCAAAUGACUCAAUAAGCCACAAGAUCCUUUUUCUUAUUAUUCACCCGUAAUUCUUUAUGGACCAUAGCGGCUCAGUUAGGUUCUAAACUAUGGUAGCAGAUAUGGUGGGUUUUCCUAGUAUUUUUGAAUGAGUUGGUAAGGAGUUGUGUUUGGGAAGUUUUGUUGCUGAUGAAGAGGCAGUUUUUUGUAGGUCCAGUUUUGAUCUCGGAUGUCAAAACAUAUAUUCUAUGAUGCUUUAUUGUUUUGGUUCUUAGACCUUCAUUCAACCUUAAUAGAUUUUUCAAAAGCCCUGUUGGAACAGAGUGCCUUACAGAUGGUAACCAACACCUGUUUUUGCCGGCUGGAAUGCCUCUAGUUGCAGGUCCAUGGAUCAUAUGGGUUGUUGGCCUUUCAUCAAAUUGGUUUUCUUAUCUUUGUCAUGUCACUUUCUGAUUUUUAUUACAGUACUGCUCUGAUUCAUUGCUUUAAACUUUUUUGGUUGCUAGUAGGUGCAUUUAGUUCGGCUGUCCUUUUAUUACCGUGCAUAAAACAUGGUAUCCUUUGAAAUAUGCUCCCCAUUGCAUAUCUGGUUUAUUGUGGCUCCAGAAAGACAGGGUACUGCUCUGUUGAUAUCCUCUGUGGUACAAGAAGGGUUGCAAAACUCGUGGCAUGGCAAGAUAGUGCUUAGCUGCUGGUUAUUUCUUUCCUCCCUGGCAUUAUCUUGCGCAUCAAGUGACAUUUCGGCACGUCAUGCUUCGCCAGCUGCUAGCAACAAUUUUUUCCCUUUUCAGCUUUUAUGUUUUCCUCCGUUUUUAAGCUUGACUUUCCUACUGAUCAUUAUUUGGGAUCUGAUCACGCCAUUUAACAGUCAGUUUGUCUCAAGUGCAAGAGUUAUAUAGUUAUAACAAGAUUAAGAUGAUAUUGCAGCUAUAAAAUGAGAUUAUUAACACAAUAAACAUUAUAAAUUUUAUAUCGUGCAUUUCAUCAGUUUAGGUUCUUCUGAAUGCCUUCCAUUAUCAUGGACAAAAUCACCUAAUGUUGGCAAUGUGAACUUAUGUAUUAGAUAACUGACGUCAAAUGCAUUCAGUUAAAUUCAUUCUAUAUUUUUGACUCUUGACAUUGAUAAUGUAUGGCAGGAAGCAUGAUUGAGUUUCAAGUUGCCUGAGUAGGGUGUUAUAAACAGUGGCCAUGCAUUGAUCAAACUAAAGGCAUGAAACUAGAGAACAAGGCUGUAUGGGAAGGAGAAGAUGAUCUUAUGUCAUCUACACAGAAAAAGGCUUGUGAAUUCUCAGAUCCAUCAAAGCAAAUUUAUGUGGGCACUGAAGAAUCCUUUUCUGGACAGAUGAAUGAUGGUAAAUGUAUGGAAUAUCCAUUUACCCUUCCUGCUGAUGAAAUUAAAUUGGGUGAAAAUGAGACAGUUCUUUGCACUGACAAAACUGUUACUGAAAUUGAACUACCAGAGUUGAUAGGCUGCUAUAAAGAUGGUGCUUGUAACAGUAUAAAGGACAUAUGUGUUGAUGAAGGGAUAUGUUCCCUCAAAAAGAUUUUGGUGGAAAAUGAUGAGUCAAGCCAGCUGCUUUCUUCUAUUUUUAAUUAUCCUGUGGCAAGUGGAAAUAGUGCUCUAAGCGAAGAAAUGGCAGCUGCUGCCGCAACCACUGCAGAUGAUUUGAAGUCUCCAUCAUAUGGGCAUCUUACUUCUGUUGAAAAGGAUGGAGAGGAGCAACAUGUUUCUGGGAGUUUAUCCAAAGUUGGAGAUAAGUUUGAUACAGCUAAUCCAUUCUUAAGUGAUAUGUAUGAUGAGAAUAUCAGUUUAAAACAAUUCCACCCUCUGCAUGAGUUUGAAAUAGACCCUCAGCAAGUGGAGCCAACCAAUUUCAACUGCAGCGAUGAUCAUAAACAUUCUUCUGAGAGUUUAUCUGAAGUUGGAGCCAAGUGUCGUUCAACUAAUCCAUUCGUAUGUGAUAUACCUGAUGAGACAAUCAGUUUUAAGCAGUUCCUCUCUCUGCAAGAGAUUGAAACAGAUCCCCAGCAAGUGCAGCCUGCCAAUUUUGACUGCAGCACUGAGCAACUGGCUGAUCGUCAAAAAUUUAAUCAGGGUGCACUGGAAGAGGAGUGCUUUAUAACCACAGCUGUGACAUCUGAUGCCAGACAAUCCAACCUAUGCUGUGGGUCCAAGGAAAAUGUUUCUAUUUGUUUAUCACAGGGCACAGCGGAAGAGGGGUGCUCGAUGGCCACAUCUGCUUCAUCUGAUGUCAGAGAGUCUGGGCAGAGUAAUGGGGUCAAGGAAAGUCCUGCUAAAAGUUUGUCAGAGGAUACAUUGCAAGAGGGCUGUUCUGCAUCAGCUUCAUCUGAUGUCUGUGGGUCUGAGGAAAGCAAUGAAAUCCAGGAAAAUCCCAGUAACAAUUUAUCACCAGGUCUGCUAAAAGAUGUUUGCUCUCCAGAUACAGCUGUGCCAUCUGAUGCCAAAGAGGCCAAUCAAAGUGGUGGGACAGUGGGAAAUCCUGGUAAUGCUGAGUUGGAAAAUGGAGUCUCCGGAGCAGCAUCCAUAAGUGGCCAGGAGGAGAGCAAUCAGAAAAUAGAUCGGCAAAAAGAUGGACAGGCUAAAAAUGAUCCAGUAACUGAAGAGGCAGUUUCUGAUAAUGCUACAGCUUCAGCUCGAAGUUCAUUUGUUCAUAAUAAUCAUGGAGACUUAAACUACUCCGAGCCUGUUUACCUGUCAGGCCCAAUUGUAUCAUCAGGGCAUAUACCCUAUUCAGGUAGCAUCUCUCUUCGGUCUGAUAGUAGCACAACCAGCACACGUUCCUUUGCAUUUCCCAUACUACAGCCGGAGUGGAAUAGCAGCCCAGUCAAAAUGGCAAAGGCAGACCACAGUCAUUUGAGGAAGCACCGAGGUUGGAGGGUGGGACUUCUUUGCUGUAGAUUCUAGAUCCACAUCAUUCCCUUAUUCAGUUUAUUCUAUUAUACAUCAUCAUGAUUUUGUAUCAAUCCCUUGAGGUUCUUUUUCCCCUUUUCCUUUUUUAUCCUGCUUUAUUUAUUCUAUAGCAGGUUCAGAGUGUUGUGGCAUGGGAUAAUGGUUUGUAUCAUGUAAUGAGAGAUCUGGGUAAUAUCUUGUUUUCACUAUAAGAUCUUGGAGUAGUUCAGCAUGUAUUUCUCUUCAUAAAGAAAUGGUUAUCUGUGGUUUGAUAUAAGAGUUUUACUUCUUUCUUGG